UGAGAAACAUGUUUACGUUGAUAAGUUUGCUCCAUCGACACUCGGGCGCAGAUGCACAGCCGCGUUCGUGUUUAGCUAACAUUUAGCUAGCUCCGAGUGUUCAGUCGGCGACAGACUGGUUAAUUUAAUUCACGACAACUCGCGUCAGACUACCGCUGAGUGGCGGUGACCGGCAACGACGAUGAGAAUGGCGUUUCUGCGACACAUCCGCCGGUUCCCGUGGGUCACCAACGUCACCCUGUACGGUUGCCUGUUCGCCGGCGGAGACUUCGUCCAUCAGUGGUUCUCGCGCAAGGAGAAGAUGGACUGGAGCCACACGCGCAACGUCGCCGUGGUCGCGUUCAGUUUCCAUGGCAACUUUAACUUCUUCUGGAUGCGCUUCCUGGAGCGGCGCUUUCCCGGUAACUCCGUCCGGAUGGUGGCGAGGAAGCUGCUGCUGGACCAGACCACGGCGGCGCCCCUGGCCACCACCGUCUUCUACACAGGCGUCAGUUUCUUGGAGGGCAAAGAGGACAUCAUGGAGGACUGGAGAGAAAAAUUCCUGAAUACAUAUAAGACGGGGCUAAUGUUCUGGCCGUUCAUGCAGUUUCUGAACUUUGCCUUGGUGCCUCUGUAUGUGCGGACCACCUUCACCGGCUGCUGUGCCUUCGUCUGGGCAACCUUCUUGUGCUUCUCACGUCAGAGCGGCGAUGGCACAGCUGCUGCUGCUCUGGCGUGGCUGUUCCCCGCUAAAGAGGAGGAAGCUGAAUCCACAGAAGAGAAAGUGGACUCUAAAGAAAAGGUAGAUGCCUCCAAACAGGGAACAGCAGCAUCUAAACCUACACAGUAACAGAGUCAGGACACAGAGGGAGACGAAACAUGAAUCAAAACUGGUCCAAACCAGGAUACAGCUGCUGCAGCGGUUCAGUCUGGUUCUUUCUAGCUCAGUGGUUGAUGUUACACUAACACUGCCAGGGUCUUAGAUUGAAGAUUCACAGAGGUAAGACAGAAAAUGAUGCUGCAAGGUGCUGUGGGAAACAGCCUCCGGCAAAUGGAAUGUAUGUGCAGCAUAUUUUUAAAUAUUAAUCCAAUAUAGCAGCUCAGUGGAAAAACAUUUUUCUGCUCCGCCCUUCCAUAGCACAGUGACGUAUCUCCAUGCUCCGUUUCUCAUCAGGUUUUAGUUUUUCUUUCUUUUUGUAAAUGCAACCUUGUGUUCUCACAUUUACAAGAAAAGUGAGGCUUGGCAAUAUUAAAUACUGGAAUGAUUUACGAGGACCUCUGCAGUGUGUCUGCGACAGAACUCUAAAGGUGUAGGGAUCAUUUCCACUGUGUGGAGUGGCAGCUAAUUUAUGGGCUUAGACUUUUAUUCUAAUGAAAACUACAAACGUUUAAAUAUCAUUCUCUUUUUAUUAGCACGAAUGCUUUAUUGACGGCAGUAGAUUGGGACUGCUGUCUAAGGACUCUCUGCUUUGGCUCCAGUUUACACUCUGGUACAUGAAAUACCACAUUCGGACGCACACAGCUACCGAUAAUUUAUUAUAUGAUAACGUGACUAUGUUUUAUGAAUGUCUAUGAAGGUACUUGGUCUUUGUGGCAAACAGUGCAACUUUUAAGCACAAAAAAAUACAAUAAUAAAAAAUUAUUCUGAAAAUGCAUUUUUAAUCUCCACAAUUUGAACCACUGCAGUAAUUAGAUGACACCCAUGAUUACUUGGAGCUUUUCUAGUAAUAAUUGAUGACGUUUGUCUCAAACAUCCGUCUACUUGAAUCUUGAAAUGCUGCCUGCCUGUUGUUGUACUUGAUGUUAAUGUUAUACUGUUGUUUCUUUUUGCACCACUUUAUAAUUUUUCCAGCCUGCUGUUCUAACCCUUUCUGUAAAUGUUAGUUUAUAGGUGUUCCUGCCUGCAUUGAUUCUUAAGCAGUAACAUCAGAUGUCUUUGCCAGGCAGCAGACAGUUUUAUAAAUAGAGUGCAGCUCAGCACAAGAGCUGUCCUUUAUUCCUAUAUAUAGAAUAUAAAGAAAGAUUUGGGGCAAACUUGUCUUUUCUGUCUCAGGUCAAUAAACAACCUUGUGCUUUUACUUGUGCUUCCAUGUAAAGCAGAAAUUCCCCAGUGUCAAAGAGAUCCGUGUCUGUUUGUCUGAUAUGGUUGAGUUUAAAUUAUAGUUUGUAAUUAUGCAUCCUGAAGUAGCUACAGUAAUCUGCUAGUGUUUGAUUAUAGAGUUUGACGUGUCUCACCAAACUAAAUUAUUACUGUGAAUAACAUAUUAAUAUAUAAAGCAGUGAGAUGUUUUAUGAGGAAUCUUUUGAGUUGUAUCCUUAGAUACAGUUAUGUCAUUUCAGUGUUUUUGUUCUUCAUUUGCUGAUGUGCUACACUGGAACCGAAAUGUCAGAUCAGUGAAUAUUCCCUUUGUGCAUAUCUUCUUGGUCAUAUUACCAACUCAAACAUUGGUAUGUUGUUUUAGCUCAGUAUGAAAUUUCUAAUUUAUUUUUAAAGAUCAAAAAGAACAGAUCGCCUUUGUUGACUUCAAAAACUGAUUUGAUUGUGCUGAAUUUUUUGAAUUAGUUGCACUAACUAUGGUUUUGCUGAAUAAAAGGAAAACAUCCUG